AUGGAGGAAUCAAGUACUGCAGAUGCAGAUCGCCUCAAGGAUCUGAAGGCGUUUGAUGAUACAAAAACUGGUGUGAAAGGGCUAGUUGAUGCUGGAAUCACUAAGCUUCCCGGAAUCUUCAUUCGACCUGCUGAUGAGCUUUCGGAGGAUUUAAAUGUUGGUCACUCCCAGAAGCAAGUUCCAGUGAUAGACCUUGGUGGGAUAGGAAGCGAUGAUCAACACAAAAUCAUUGUUGAUCAGAUAAGGCGAGCGUCUGAGGGAUGGGGGUUUUUCCAAGUUGUGAAUCAUGGAAUUCCGGCGAGUGUGUUGGAAGGAAUGUUAGAUGGAACUCGCAAAUUUCAUGAACAAGAUACUGAGUUGAAAAAAGAGUUAUAUUCUCGUGAUCCGAGGAAGAAGGUGAGGUUUGAGAGCAACUUCGAUCUGUAUACAGCACCAUCUGCUGCUUGGGUAGACAGUAUGAUCAUCAAUCUUCUGCGUUCCAAUCAACUUGAACCCAGUGAACUUCCUGAGAUUUGCAGAACAGAAGCAUUUGACUAUGUAGAACAUGUAACCAGGCUGGGAGAAACCUUGUUUGAGCUCUUAUCCGAAGCCCUCGGCUUAACGUUGGAGAAUCUGAAUGAUAUGAACUGCGCAAAAGGGCGCACAGUUCUUUGUCAAUACAAUCCAGCAUGUCCAGAGCCCGAGCUGACAAUGGGAAUAAACAGGCACACAAAGCCUUCUUUCCUGACGAUUCUUCUACAGGAUCAAAUUGGAGGUCUGCAAUUCCUACACAACAAUCUUUGGACCGCUGUGCCACCCAUAUCAGGAGGUUUAGUUGUCAUAAUUUCAGAUCUUCUCCAGAUUGUGUCAAAUGACAAGUUUAAGAGUGUGGAGAACAGAGUGCUAGCCAAGAAAACAGGACCAAGAAUCUCCGUGGCAUGCUAUUUCAUCGGUGUCCGUGAACCUCCAGUGACUUAUGGCCCUGCAAAGGAAUUGAUAUCAGAAGAAAAUCCCCCAAUUUACAAGGAGUUUACUGUCAUGGAAUACCUCAGCACAGUCUUUAAAAAAUCCUCUGGUCAAUCUGGUGUCGGAUUGUUUAAGAUCUGA